AACACAACAUCACCGAAGACUUUCUUAUUACGACCAUAUUAGCCAUCAAACUAAUAGCCACAAUGUCCGACGACGAGGGUAUUUCUAUAUACGAUGAAGUCGAGAUUGAGGAUAUGACUUUUGACGAGGCUAUGGGAGUUUACCAGUUCCCAUGUCCUUGUGGCGACAAGUUCCAAAUCACACUCGAAGAUUUGCUGGACGAGCAGGAUAUUGCCGUGUGUCCUAGUUGCAGUCUCAUGAUUCGGGUUAUUUUUGAUCUGGAUGACUUACCAAAGCCACCCACUUCAGGCACCUCGGGCGGACAGGUUCUUCUAGCCGCUUGAGUGAAGCAAGAAUGGCGAUAGGAAUCAUACAUAUUGCGACUCCCCAUGCAAAGGCCCGGCACGACAGUCGCCCUUCCGCCGUGAGCACGACACCCUCUGAGGAGCUUGAGACUUCUGUCCAACUCGGUACCGGUAAAUCGGCCUCGAACUUCCGGAAUCCUUGAAAAUCCCAUUUUCGCAACGUCCUCAGCCCAAUACGAGCAGCAACCCCUUCCUCUGGUAGGACAAGAGUGGCCCCAGGGUAUCUGGAAGCCUGGCUCACUCGAUGUACUCUGUCUAGGGUGUUGCAAAAAACAUGAGAGUCGCUUAAACGAAAACCCACCCAUGUGUCACCAAUCCGAUUGUCGUGUUUUUUUUUUUUUUUUUUUGCAAUCCUAGGCGUUCUGUGUCGCUGCCACAAUUAGCCAACCUACAAGGGCGACGGGCAGGGAAGAAGCGAUUGAGGCCCCAGUAAGAUAAGAGUACAACACAAACGUGAUGCCGGAAAUAAAUUUGCCGCCACUCCGCUGGUUAAGGGUUACUGCCGAACUUCCAAAGACAAGCAGGGCCAUGAGAGGUUCAAGAAGGCCGGGGAAUAAGAGAAAUACAUUUCACGGAAAGACAUCAGACAAUGGUGGUGGUAUGCGAUUAGUAUUAAUAUAGCUGGAGAUAAUUCUGCUCCAUUGGUCUAUCUAUUAUAGUCAGGACAAACCAUUCCCGAUCUAUCUCCAUCGAAAGUUAUACGCGCACCAGCACGGUUCCUCCAGGACUAUAUGCAUCGGAAUGCAGCAUGUCCUCAUAUCCACCAAACCCUGUACAAGUUCCGAAUGUCAAAAUUUACAGGGCAAGGGCAACGGCGAGAGCACCAGCGAGACCGCUGAGGCCGAGGGCAGCAGCGCCGUUGGCCGGGGUGGAGCCGGAGCCGGAGCCGGAGCCAGAGCCAGAGCCGGGCUUAGU